UUCCUCAUUUUUCCAUCACACUACCAGACAGUGUCAAAAAUGAUUUAAACCAAAUUUCGGUAAAAGCAACUUAAACUUAAAAAAUGCCCAAAACAAAAGCGCAACCAAGAAUAGUGAAAUCUACGGCUCCUGCUCGUGUUAUCAGGCCGGUUUGUGCUCGUAAAGCUGCUCCUCCAGCAUUGCCGCCAUGCAGGACCACUUUGUUGGAUCUGCCGGAGGAUAUUAUCCGAAUGGUUCUGGAAUUCCUGCCCAAAACUACGGAUAAGGUCCUGCUGGCCUCUGUGGCACCUAAGUUUCGAAUGGCCUUCGAUGGUUGGGCGAGGGCACAGCGAAUCACCCUGGAUAUCGACUGUUUGGAAACGAUGCCACUGCCGCAAAUGAUAAGAUUCUUCAAGAUAGCUGGACCUUUUAUAAGAGUCCUUCUAGUGGACUGUGCUUCCUUUCAGAAGGAAUCCCUGGUAGUGGAGUUCGUGACGGAAUACUGUCGGAAUCUGGAGGAGAUCAGUUACACCAAUGCCACCGUUGAGUUUCACUACCGCACCAUCAUGUCUAAUAUGACGCACUUGAAACGGGUUUCUAUUGAAUGCCUGGACGCGGAGGAUGAGCUUAACUUUGAUCUGCAGUCCAACCAGGAGCUGGAGUCCUUCGAACUGGUGAAUGGUUGCUAUUCGGGCCAAAACCUCUGUGGUUUUCCCAAUCUUAAGACCUUGAUCCUUCGAGAUUGCCUAUUGUGGAACUCGGUGGACUUUGGAAUACCCUUGAAAUCUUUGCAUACAUUAGACCUCGACGACUGUUGUUUCGAGGUGAUGAAUUCGAGCCUGUACCAAAAGAUAGCCGAGACCUGCACGGACUUGGUGGAGCUCUUUUUUUCCGGCUGUGAUACCAACUUCGAGGCGAUCGCCCAGCUGCCCAAACUGGAGCGAUGCACCCUGAAAACCUGGAUGACCUCCAAUGAGCUGAAUAUUGGGUUCCUAACAGUUUUGGCCGAGAGCAAGGGCAACAAACUGACCCAUCUGCAUUUAUCUGGACAGUUUCAGAUCACCAAUGAGCAUGCCCGGUGUUUGGGUCAGUUGAGUAGCCUCAAGGAUCUGCGGUUCAGCAACAACGAUUUCCUGGAGGAUGAUCAUUUCAAGUUCUUCAACGAUCUCAAUCAGCUAGAGCGAUUUGGUUUGACCUGGUGUGGUCAAGUGAUGGACAUAGGAAUGAUGAGGAUGGUACGAAAGUGUCUGCAAUUGAAUACUAUUGAUUUGAGCGAUUGCGCGGAGAUAACCAAUGAGUUUGUAAUCAACGCGGUUGGAUGCUGCUCUAAGGGAACCGCUCGGAACAUGGUGAUCAAUGUGAAGGGAACCAAAAUCGACCAGGGUAUCUUAGUGCAUCCGGAUUACGUAGAUCCCUUCAAUCGUGUCAAGGUCAAUUUUGUUUGAAAUGAGAGAUAGCUUGCUUAAGGAAUUAUAAUUGAUUUUUUACACUAAUUAAAUGGUAGAAAUACCUAUAAGAUACCUUAAAGGAUACAGAAAAUGGAAG